GUUUCAAAAUGGAAAUGUCUGAUAUUAACUGCGGACCGUCGGAAAUUGAAGUAAGGAACCCGUAUAUUGAAACUGACAAUGAUCGACUUGUUAUGGUUCUCCUAAUGUUGGUUCUCCCGCCAAUGGCAGUGUACUUCAAAGGCCGUGGAUGUACCAAGCAUGUACUAAUCAACAUCUUUCUCUAUAUUCUUUUGGUUCUCCCAGCGUAUAAGCAUGCAACUUGGUUCUGUUUUGUGAAGGGACGAGAAUGUGAAGCUGAGAAUGGAUUCGUGAGAGUUCGAUGAGAAACUGAAUUUUUACUUUGUAUGUGUAAAUUUGUGUACUUAUUGACCUGCAAAAUAAA